AUGGCCGACGAGUCCAACUUCACGACGCUCAAGCGCCGGACCACCGAGGUGUUGCAGAAUGCCCAGCACAACCUGCCGUCGAUUAACAAGCUGCCCCAGCUCCCCAAGCUGCCUCAAUUGCCAAACAUCCAGCUCUCCCAGCUCUCCAGCUACAACCCUUUCACCAAAGAGUACCCUAUCAAGGGCACCUGGGAGCGCAUCGCUCUACCCCCGGUCCCUCGAUCAUCCCACUCGCUCGAUAUCAUUGACGGAUCUGCCUACCUGUUCGGAGGCGAGGUUGAUUCCGACAAGCCCCUCGACAAUGAUGUGCAUGUCAUCAAGCUCGCCUACAGCAGCGCCGGGGCCGAUUACUACAGUAUCAAGGCCAUCGCAGCCCCGCCGAACGCCCUCGCCGAUCCGAGCCCUCUCCCCGCUCCCAAGACCCCAAAACCCCCGAAAGCCCCCGAGAGUGAGGAUACCAAGUCAUCUGAUGGAAAGAAGCCAGCUGAAGGUGAGCUGGAUGAGGUGUCUCUGAAGGAAAGUGAGGACACCGGCGAGGAGGAGACACCGGGAGAAGAGGAGGAUGAGGAGGCGGAGGCGGAGGAACAACUCCAGGACAAGAGCAAGGGUAAAGGGAAGGCCAGAGACGAGGUGCCACCACCUCGUGUUGGGCACGCUUCGGCCGCUAUAGGAUCUCGAAUCUUCGUCUUCGGAGGUCGUGGCGGCGAUGACAUGAAGCCGCUGGAGGAGGCUGGCCGAGUAUGGGUAUUCGACACUCGAUCCAGCCAGUGGACACAUCUUGACCCUGUGCCAGCCGUCCGGGGAGGAACCAUCAUUCCCCAUCCUGCUGCGCGAAGCCACCACUGCGCUACAUCUACCGACAGGCCCCAGGACUUCGCUAAGCCCAGAGACUCUGUGCCCAACACCUGGCAGAACAUGAUCAUCGGCGACACCUCCAAGACUGGCAUUCCUCAGGAUCCAAUUGUUGGAAACGUUGCCGAGGAGGCCAUUGACCAAGAAUCAGACGGCUACGGUACCUUCUUUGUACAUGGCGGCUCUCUGGCCAACGAGGACCGCACCAAUGACCUGUGGGCAUUUGACGUUCACUCAAGGACCUGGACUGAACUUCCAGCAGCUCCUGGUCCUACCAGAUCCGGUGCAGCUAUUUGCAUCAGCAAGAGCCGCCUUUUCCGCUUCGGUGGCUAUGACGGCGAGAACGAAAUUGGCGGCCAGCUGGAUUUCAUCCAACUUGAGGUGGAAACAUUCGAUGACAGGGCCAGCAAGGGCGAGGUGUCUAUUCAUGCCCGCGGCAAGUGGCAGUCUAUUUAUCAGGACCAGACUCAGGAAUCAUCUCAUGCUAUUCCCAGCCAGCCAGUCCAAGCUUGGCCCGCCCCGCGCAGUGCCGCUUCCCUUCACGCCCUCACGAUCGGCGGUGGACGGGAGUUCCUUGUGCUUGCCAUGGGCGAGGCCGACACCGACGCCGAUGCAGGCUCCGGAAAGUUCCUCAGCGACAUCUGGCUAUUCCAGACCCCUCCUCUGGGCAUGACCAUCGCCAGCGUCUCGGAUGCCUUUUCCCAGGCCAUUGGACGCAAGACUGGCGAGGGUAAAUGGACCAAGGUCGGCACCGCGCCAUAUGACACGGAGGAGAGCCGGGAUGAGCCAGGCCCGAGAGCCUGGCUGGCAAGUGCCGUCUUGCCCGACUUGGAGGAGAGCGCCAUCGUCCUCUGGGGCGGACUCGAUGAGGACGACGAGCUGCUCGGGGAUGGGUGGCUUUUGCGUCUUGGCUACUAG